ACCUCAUAUUCAUUUGAAGGAACAAUGAUACGAUUGCAAUCAGGUCUACUGAAACGGGUUGAAGACAUGAGCACAGAGGAUUUUGUGCUCUCAGCAGCAAUGAAACCAGAUCUCAGCCUCUGUAACAGUACGGUUAUUCGAAUUCAACAAAUUGGUAGCGAACAAUAUGUUCUAGUAACUUUUGCCAUUGGAGAACAAAAUAUUCAGGUUUCAAAAUCAGCAGUGGAAUAUCCAUAUUUUGUAGUUGAACAAGGUUGGUCUUCAUGCAGUCCAGAAAAAACUCGUUCUAUAUAUGGCUUAAUAUGCAGACAGUUGGUGGUGGGUGAUGUGUGUAUUAUAAUUCGCCAUGACGAGAAAAUAGAAGAAGGUCCAGGUGAAGCGGCCUCAAGUGAAGUAGGAUCAUCGUCUGCUAUGAGUUUACAACUUGCUUCUACAUCGCGUUCUUUUCGGUUACAACGCCACCGCCAACACCACCCCUAUUCACAUAUAAGGCAAAGUGGUGCUGGUAGAAGUCGUCGAUCUGCAUCUGCUACUCCAGGGCAUAGAGCUUCACUUCUAUUACCAAUGUCUAGUUUGACUCAACGAUUGACUCGCAAACGACGUAAAUCAGCCGUAUAA